AUGUCUUUAAAACGCAAAGACAUGGUCAUGCAUUCGUAUGACGAGCCAUACUAUUUUCUCACACAACAACCUGCUGACAAGAUGAGAAAAACCAAUGAAGAAUCCAGAAAGGAAACCACCCUAUCCAAGCUUCUUUCCGACUCGAAUAAUUGUAGUUUUUCACAACAUGUUCCAAACGAAUUGUUAUUGAGCAUUUUCGAAUAUUUAAAUGGAUGUGAAUUAUUGAAAAAUAUUUCCAAAGUGUGUCGAAAUUGGUUCGAACUCGUGUCGAAUGAGUUGGACUGGAAAUUACUCGUUCAGAGAAGACUCGGUUUUGAACCAAUCAUUCCUGAUUCUCGAAUCAUCGAGCAACACAUUCGGUCACAUUAUCGACCUAUACAAAGUGUCAAACAAGAAACAACCACAACUGGAAAAGAGUCAGGAAUGGAUCCUCGUGCUGUGAACUCUUUUUGGAAACGAUAUUUCAUUGAAAAGGUUGCAAAAUUUAAAUAUCUUCCUUGGCAACAACAAUUUAUUCAUUCCAACGCCCAAAACAACUCGAAUUCCGAUUUAGAAGAAGAAGAAUCAAAGAAUACCAAGAUGAAGAACGAUGGAAACAAGUCAACCAUCAUGAUCCAUUCUCCAGUUCACAAUUGUCGUCCAUGCAUGUCCUUCACCUUAGAAUCCUUUUCUUCUCACUAUUACCAACCACCUAAUUUUAAAAGAAAGAAAUAUUCUCCUUCUCGUUUCUUUUGGGAAACUCCUCCAUGUGAACACAUGGGACCGUCCUUGUUGAUAGGAGAGGAAUAUCUGGCUGUGGGAGAAUCAAAAAUUGGAGGUUGUCCAGAUUUACCUCGAAAUUUUGAAUGGCCCAAGUGUUCAGAUGUUCCUAAAUCUGGAGGAAUGCUUUAUUUCUUUUGUCCUUUGGAUGAAACUUCAACCAAUGGUGAAUCUUAUUGGGCCGUGAGAAAGGAAAAGGAUCCUCAACCAAUGAUUUAUCUUUCAGCACAGCGAAUUAGAGAAUUGGGUGGUUUGGAACGAAGAGCGUUGAUUUCCAAGGAGGAUCAAAAAAAAAUUGACAAGUUGUCCAAACACGAGCGGCCUUGUAAAGAGAAGGAAAGAAAAGCCUUAUUAGAAACUUUGCAACAAUAUUGUUGGUGUUGUGCACCUUCGAGAAUGAUCAUUUCCUCAAAAUUUUUAAAUCUCUCAACCAGCAACGACGAUUUGGACUAUAGCAACAUGACUCUCUUCUCAGCAGAGGACGACAGCAACGGACAUUCAGCAGCCGAAGAAACACAUGAAGCAAGUUUUAUCAAAAUGACCAUAGAUUCAACUAGCCAAUCGACGAACACAACAUUUCUCUAUAUAAGAACACAUGAACGUAGAUACAAGCCUUUUCAUCUCUCUCAAUUACAAUCGAUCAUGGGUAUAGUAGAUUCAACUACAUGUUUGGAUCGAGAUUUGUCGUGUGGCCAUUCGUUCGAUUCCAGUCGACUCUAUGUCUCGGUAGGUAAAGAAAAAUGUGAACAUGUUAUGAAAGUCCUUCAGGGAGAGUUUUUGAUUCUGACUACGCGUUCGGAGCCUGUUUCUCGGGAUGAGAAGAUCACGAAUGAAAAGUAUACAUUACAACAUGGAUCAGAAUUCAAGAAACCAAUGGAACUUUCAAGACAAGAUCAAAUCAUCUUUCUCCCUUUUGCAAUUGUUAAAAGCUACAACUUGGAGGGAAGACUUUCAAAACACAACAAUGAAUUUCUGUAUCGGAUUGAGAGCGAGGAAGAAUAUAAUUUUUAUUCUCGUUCAUGUGAAUAUUUAAAUUUGCAACAGACAUGCGAACCUAUAUUGCAUGUCUGGUCGUUGAAUCCUUCUAAACUCAGAGUAGAUGCAGGGGAAGAGAGAAGAGAGCAGUGGAAUUAUUAUCUUCCUUAUUAUUGUUUUGAGAAGGGGGUGAUUGAAAAAUCAUAUGUCAAUAGGACCUAUUGGUAA